AUGACCAGUCUGCUGUGUAUCACUAUAUUCUCCUUGACCCUCGCUUGCAGUGCGUACAGUCAGCCGGCAGGCACUCCCAUGCCACAUUCAGUUAAGCUGUUCGCUGAACUGGGAGGCAACGUUACCUUGCCGUGCCGUCUCCCGCAUCAUAGCUCCAGUUUCUUCAACGUUGGCAUCCGAGUCAAAUGGACCAAGAUUGCUGAGGACGAGGCUCUAAAUGAGGACGUUUUGCUUUCCAUGGGCUUCCACAAGAAAACUUACGGGAGCUUCGAGGAUCGCGUCUUUCUGCAGGAGGACGAUAGCGAUGACGCUUCCUUGGUGAUAACUGACCUUUCCACGGAUGAUUCAGGAACGUACCGUUGCGAGAUCAUUAAUGGAAUGACAGAUUCCAUACAAGAGACUGCCUUGGAGGUGCAAAGUGAUAUGACUGAUGGUGUGGUGUUCCCCUACUCACCACCUAUUGGCCGCUACAGCUUCAACUUUGAAGAGGCUGUGCAGGCUUGUUUGGAUCAGGAUGCUGUGGUCGCCACCUUCGAAGACCUGUUCCAAGCCUGGAAGGCUGGCCUGGACUGGUGCAAUGCAGGCUGGCUGGACGACGGCACUGUGCAAUAUCCCAUAACAAAGCCCAGAGAACCCUGUGGUGGUGCCGAAAACGGUCCAGGCCUAAGAAGCUAUGGCAAACGUGACAAGUACCUGAGCCGCUUUGAUGUCUUUUGCUAUGCCACUCCAUUGAAGGGAAAUUUCUACUGGCUGACUCAGCCCGAAAGGCUCAACUUUGACGAGGCCGUCCAAGCUUGCCACGAUGACGGUGCUGAAAUUGCCAAGGUGGGGCACAUGUACGCCGCUUGGAAGCUGGAAGGCUACGAUCGUUGCGACGCCGGCUGGUUGGCCGACGGCAGCGUGCGCUACCCAAUCUCCAGACCCCGCAAGAACUGCAGCCCGACAGAGGCUGCGGUGCGUUUUGUUGGAUUUCCAGACAAGCAAGAACAGCUCUACGGCGUCUACUGCUUUAAGCCUGACGCUUGA